CCCCACCCUCUCUCUAUCACUUCGAGCCUGGAGCUCUGACCAUCGCACCGCUGGACGGUAACGCUCUCACAUCUUCACGAUGGCGCCGGUCGCCAACCUCCUUCUCCUCGCGCUUGCCGCCUCGCCGGCCGUAACAGCAGCGCCCGUUACCGAGUCGAUCUUUACCCUCCCCCGCCGCGCGGUGGACGCAGUCCGCAGGUAUUAUGGCGACCCGGCCGGCCUGACCAAGCCGCCCCCUCUCCCUUCCAAGCGUGCCGCACUGCCAGACGGAUGGUCGUACGAGGGGUGCAUCAACGAGUCGUGGGGCGUGCGUGUGCUCAACGGCUUUUCCUUCUCGUCGCAGGCCAACUCGCCACUGCUGUGUAUCACCAACUGCGCAAAGCGCGGGUUCAAGCUUGCUGGCACCGAGUUUGGCGACGAGUGCUACUGCGCCAACGAGUUGAGCGGUAACGGCGGUAAUGUCGUCCCCGACAGCUAUUGCAAGAAGCCUUGUGCUGGUGACGGCUCCGAGGUGUGCGGUGACGCGUGGUACCUCUCGUUCUACAGGUACAACGCCACCGACAACAACGUGUACUGCUCGACGGCGUCGGCCGGUCCGACGUCGGCGACGGCUACCACGACGACGGUGAUCCCCACAACGACGACCACGGUGGACGCAACGACGACAACGGCGACCACCACCACCGAGACCACGACGACGGCCACUACCACGACUACAACGGCGGCGACAACCACGACCGAGGCCACCACGACGACGACUCAGGCAGCUCCGACCACGACCACUCCAAUCCCCACGACACCCACGGAUGUGCCACGGUCCACCUCGCCGCACUACGUGUGGGCACACCACAUGGUCGGCCUGACGUACAGCUACACUGCGUCCGACUGGUCGGCGGACGUGUCAACCGCCAAGUCGUACGGCGUUGACGGCUUCGCGCUCAACAUGGGCAGCGACUACUGGGGCCCGGCGCAGGUCGACUCGGCGUACGCUGCUGCCGAGGCGCAGGGCGGCUUCAAGCUCUUCCUCUCGUUCGACAUGACCUCGAUGUCGUGUGGCUCGACCGCCGACGCCACGACGCUGGUCAACCUCGUCAAGGCGCACGCUUCGAGCCCGGCCCAGGCGCUGGUCAACGGCAAGGUCCUCGUCUCAACGUUUGCCGGCUCAAGCUGCACCUUUGGCUCUGGUUCCCUCAAUGGCUGGCAGACACAAUUCGUGGACGUGCUCAAGGCCCAGGGCAUCAACAUCUUCUUCGUCCCCAGUAUCUUCUCCGACCCGUCGUCCUUCUCCUCGUACUCGUGGAUGGACGGAGAGCUCAACUGGAACUCGGCGUGGCCCAUGGGCAACUACGACAUCGGCACGGCGUCGACCGAUGCGACCUACCUCGCCGGCCUUGGCUCCAAGUCGUACAUGACCGCCAUCUCGCCCUUCUUCUUUACCCACUUCGGUCCCAACACCUACAACAAGAACUGGCUUUACCGCUCGGACGACUGGCUGUACUGCACACGCUGGGAGGAGGUCAUCGCGCUGCGCGGCACGUCGACCAUGACUGAGAUUCUCACUUGGAACGACUUUGGCGAGUCGAGCUACAUCGGCCCGAUCAAGGGCGACUUGCCGGUCACCUCCAACACCUGGGUCGACGGGUUCGACCACACGGGCCUCGCACAGCUCACAGCGUACUACGCUACAGCUUACAAGACGGGUGCCUACCCCGCCAUCGCCAAGGACUCGAUCACGCUGUGGUCGCGCCCCCACCCGGCUGCGGCAACGGCAUCCAACGACCCCGUGGGUAGACCGACCAACGCGGCAUGGACAACCGACAACCUCUGGGCGGUCGUCCUCACUACGGCCCCGGCGACAGUCACCCUCACGUCAGGUGCCACCUCGCAAACCUUCGAGGUCGGCGCCGGGCUCUCAAAGCUCAAGUUGGCUAGCGCUCCCGGCGGCAUCGGCGGCAGUGUCUCCCGAAACGGCAACACGGUCGUCGAGUACUCUUCGGGCUCGGCAUUCCAGUACACCGAGAAUCCAGUGACGUACAACUACAAUUACUUUCUCGCAUUCUACGCCUCGUACCACUCGAACCCGAUCAACGUGGGCAUCCACUUUGUCUUCAUCCCCCAGAUCUGGUGGUCAUGGCUCAUCAUCGCUGGCCACCUCCGCCUGCCGGGCACGACGUAUGUCGACCUCGCCCCCGGCCUGUCGUACCAGCCGUCGCUGGGCAUGCUCUUCGCGGUCGUGUUCCAGCUGUACUACUUCUUCCUGAGCGACUUUGUCGGACUGACCGUCGCGCCGUACCCCAUCCCCCAGAUCACCUACCUGCCCGUCAUGCUCGCCGAGUACCUGACGUCGGCGUACCUCGUCGCGCACCCGCCCUCGUGGCUGCCCUUCCUGCACGCGUUCGGGCCCGCGCCGUCGGCGCUCGCGUUCGGCCUGUUCGUCUUCUUCAACGGCUGGUUCUGGCAGUUUGUCGGCCACUUUGCGUUCGAGGGCCGCGCACCGGCCGUGUUCGACAACCUCACCCAGGCGCUCGUCACCGCCCCCUUCUUCGUCCACAUCGAGACCCUCUUCGGCCUCUUCCACUGGAACCCCGAGCUUCACAAGCGCAUCACCAACCUCGCCUCGAAGCGCAUCGUGGCCAUGAACCGCGCCAAGCGGGAGAAGGCCAAGAAGGCCCAGUAG